AUGAGAAAAGAGGAGAAUUCAACUGGCUGCAAUCCUGAGCAACCAACUGAGAAAGAUAUCCUUCUUGAAGACAUAGUAGAGCUAAUGAAUUCACAGCCAAAAGAAAGUGAGAAAAAGCAUGAGAGUGAAAGGAAGAAAGCUCUCGAUGUUCGAAAUCAAGCCAUGAAAACCUGGAGCAAGUCUAUGAGACCUUGUGAUGAUAAUGAUGAAAACGAUAGUGAUCACAGCAGUGAUAAUGACAAGUCUACUAAAAGGCGAGGCAGGAAAAAACGACGUAGAACUAGUGAUGCUUUUAAGUAUUUGGAGGUAAAAAGUGCUCAAGAAGCAAGCAUAAGGAAGGAGGAACUGCAGUUACGAAAAGAGGAAAAAGAAAUUGAGCAAGAAAAAUUCAGCUGGAAGCAAAAUAAAGAAAAGUAA